CGACAGGAAAAGCGGGCAUGUAGCCUAUUCAGGCCUAUUCCGCAACGCCUCCUUCGCCUCCUUGCCCCGGCGCCUCAUAAACCUGCGUAAGCUGAGUCGAGCCGUCUGUUCUGUCCGUUAGAAGCGCUUCACCCUUUCCCUCGCAUCGAGUCUUCGCGACAAGAUGAGAAUUAUCAUGGAGGAUAUCGUUAGCUACAUAGGCGCCAUCAGUCAGCUCUAAAAGCAGAAGGGUUGAGAGCUUGUAUCGCGGACGAAGACCGGUUGACAUUCGAGAUUCGGGGCCCGUAUGCACUCAUGGAUAGAGUGUUGGAUCGUUCCGUUGGAGCGAACAUCGUUUCUUCAAGCAAACUUGCGCUUUUCGACUACCUUCGCCCAUUGAUUGACGAGAGCGUUCUGGACUUGUUUCGGGAUCGAAUACCAGAGGAAAUGGUGGGCCGGAACACCAACUCCCAAUGGGCGCUAUUCAUGAUACGCUAUAGCAGGAAGUGGGCCAAGGUCGUAGGAGGUUCCGCACUGGCGGCGGAAGUGUCGUCUCCGGGCCAGACCGGAACCUCCUUCAACCUUCACCAUGCGGUAUCAGCCAAUGGAUCACUCCUAUCGCAAGUCCCCAUAGACGACGCUGCGCGACGGUUCGCGGACUUGCAAGCGCGUUAUGCUGACGACCACAUCGUCGUCAUGCACGCUACUAGAUUGCGGUCUUUGGGGAGAUUCUCGCAUAUCGGUGUGAGACUCCGAAUGUGUCAACCAAGCAGCGAAUUUUCCACCCUUGGGGCGUUUUAUGCGACACCACAUCCCGAUUUUGCAUUAAGCUGGGUGCGUCGGAAUCUCGGAGGAGACUGCGCGCUGCUGGUCUUUGUAUCUCCAGAGACGUUCUUUGCCGGAUUGCGCAUGCACGUAUUCCCGGAACCCAACGAGAACUAAAAACAGUUCUGCCACGACAAUUUCCACAACGACCCCCAUCGAAAUGAUCCACCCCAUUACUGAUGCGAACAACGUCAGUUUCGGCCCCAUUUGUCGCUUUCGAACGUCACCCGAAGAUUCGGCCAUCGCGCUCAGCUGCUGG